AUGUCGGGGGUGCAUAAUUUGUGCAAACUCGACUACCCAAUUUACUGCUGUUCGCCCUUCGAAUCGAAAUCGGUCAUGGUCGGCGGUGGUGGAGGAGCACUAGGGCCAAAGACAGGCGUUCGAAACGCAGUGGAGUUGCUUGAACUUGACCAGAGGAGAAAUGAAGUCAUUGCAAAUCCAACGAUGUCUCUGGGUCUGGGAAAAGCUUGCGCUUGGAACAUGGACACGCAUCGAUCAAGACAGCUUGUCGCGUUUGGGCGGGAUGGAGAAUGCCGAGUUUAUCACAUAAAGCGAACUCCUUUGAAGGCUGGAGGAAAUCAGAAUAAAAAUGGCUUGACGCAACGAAAGAACAUCCCAAAAGACUCCAAAGAAGCUCGCCACGCAGAAGGAUUGAUUGGAGGAGUCGACAAUUUCUAUGCGCAAGAGCAAGCUAUUCUGCAAACGGACACAAAGAACUUCCAAAAGGGUGUGAAAUUUAGUCCAAAUGGACAACGCAUCGCUUGUGCUGGAUCUGAUGGAACGAUAUCAGUUUGGGAUCUUGCAUCGCAACAAGCGCCAAUUUGGAAGUGGAAGAACAUCGCCAACGAUGAAAUCCAAUGCAUCGACUGGUCACCUGAUUCGAAAUGGCUUGUCUCUGCCUUUAGAGACGGAACAGCUUUUCUCCAUGACGCGCAAAACGGCAAGCUUUGUACGGAGCUGCACACGCUAUUUCUCAUAAGUCAAGGAACAGACGCUUAUAGAUUCAGAUCUGUGAAAUUUAUUCCAGGAUCCAAUCCAAAUGAGUUCGGCAUUGUUUCCGCUCACGAGCCUCGAAGAAUGACAAAACCGCCGACGCCGUGUCUAGUAGCCGGUUGGAGAGUGAAACCUCAAGACGAACUGUAUCGUCUCGCAGAGCCAGUGGUUGUGAGAGAGCUCGCACAGAAAGUCUCUAGUAUGACUGUAUCAGAUGAUGGCAAGCUUAUUGGGCUGGGAUGCUCUGAUGGAAGCGUGGAUGUUUUUUCAUCUUGUGGGAUGGAGCUUAUUUUGAGAAAAGAAAAUGUCCAUGACGCUACAGUUACCGCCUGCUGCUUCCUCCCUUCCGAAAAAGAACGUACUCCCGCGAUGUUUACAGUUUCCUAUGACAAUACAGUGCGACUAGUUCCAGUUAGUGGAAAUCGAAAUUUCGCAGCCAUGGUGCGGAUGCAAAUCAAGGGAGGCGUGUGGCGAAACACAGAAGAUGAAAUUCUCAAGGCGGCGGUGAUGAAGUACGGUUUGAACCAGUGGAGUCGAAUUGCGUCUCUCCUUCAUCGAAAAGCAGCGAAGCAGUGUAAGGCGCGUUGGUACGAGUGGCUCGACCCAAAUAUCAAAAAGACCGAGUGGAGUCGGGAAGAGGAAGAGAAGUUGCUGCAUCUUGCGAAGCUUAUGCCGACGCAGUGGCGAACGAUUGCCCCUAUCAUCGGUCGCACGGCUUCGCAAUGUUUGGAGCACUACGAAUAUCUGCUUGACAAAGCUGCUGAUCGAGAAGCUGGCUUGGAAGCAGGAGAAGAUCCUCGAAAACUCAAGCCGGGUGAGAUUGAUCCGAAUCCAGAAACGAAACCAGCACGACCUGAUCCAGUUGAUAUGGACGAAGAUGAGCUUGAAAUGUUGUCAGAAGCUCGAGCUCGUCUGGCCAACACACAGGGUAAAAAAGCCAAGAGAAAGGCUCGAGAAAAGCAACUGGAAGAAGCUCGACGACUAGCUCUGAUUCAGAAGCGUCGAGAAAUGAAGGCUGCUGGAAUUCGUUGCCGAUUGAUUCCAAGUCUAUUUAAGCGAAACAAACGAGCAAUGGUCGACUAUAACGCUGAAAUUCCUUUCAAAAAGGAUGUUCCGAAGGGUUUCUAUGACACCAACGACGACGAAUUCAACCCAGACGAUAAGGACUUCCGAAAGCUCACGCAGCAAGACAUCGAACCGGAACUGCACUCUCAGAAAGAAGCAAGAGAGCGAAAGAAAGAUCAGCAGCGGAUGAAAGAGCUCCGUGAAAACGACAUGCUCCAUCUUCUCAAACGAAGGGAGGUUAAGCCUUGGAAUCAGCGUAAUAAGAUCGUUCUUCCCUCGCCUCAAAUUACUGACGAAGAACUUCAAGAAGUCGUCAAGCUAGGAAAGGCUUCGCAGCAAGCUAAGGAACUUGUCGACCAAAGUGACGGCAAUAACCAGCUUCUCUCUGACUAUUCAACGCUUACCCCACAGCGUACCAUUGGUACUGGUGGUGCCACUCCUGCUCCAACUACUGAUGCCAUCCAGCGCCAAGCUCAAAAUAUUCGAGCGCUGAAUCAAACUAACUCAGCUCUCGCUGGGGGCGAAAAUACCUACCUCGACACUGGUGAUCAGUCGAUGGGCGGAGAAGGAGAAGAAGCUGGAAUCGGUGACUUCUCCGGUGUUACUCCAGUUCGGCAGACUCAAGCGACACCAAACACUGUUCUUGGCACUCCAUUUAGAACUCCUGGCCAAACUCCAGGACAAGGAGGACAAACCACUGGUCAAACCCCUGUUCGUGAUAAACUCGGUCUCAACACUCCCGGUGGUGGAAUGGGAAUGACUCCUGGAGGCAUGACUCCUGGAUUCGGAGGCGAGGAGACUAUCGCCAACUUGAGGGAAGGACUCGCUCGUCUACCCACCCCAAAAAAUGAUUUUGAAAUCGUUCUACCAGAAGAACUCCCUGACGGUGUUCAUCAAGAAGAGCUUGAUGGAGAGCGCGCAGAAGACUAUGUCGUGGACAUGGGCGAUGAGGAGGACAAGCACGCCGCUGAACUAAAACGAUUGGAAGAAAUUGAACUUUCAAAGAGACACUCUGCGGUCAAGACCAGUCUACCUCGGCCUUCUGCUAUUAAUGAUUCAAUAAUGCGACAGGCCGACGUGCAGCUUUCUGAGUAUCAGCGUGCCGAGGAAAUGAUCAAGGCCGAAAUGUUGACCAUGCUUCAUUACGACGCGUUAAACCACUCCGCUGAUAACCAAAUUCAAAGCAAGACGAACAAGCGAGCGCAGCUCCCAGCAACUCACGUUGCUUAUUUGGAGAGGAACGGCUACGAUGAAAUCGAUGCUGAAGACUUGGAAGAAGCAAAUGAAGUUAUUCUCGAAGAAGCACUUUACGUGAAAGAACAGAUGGAUCAUGGAGAAAUCAGUGGAAGCAUCUUUGAUCAAGUCUGGACCGAAUGCUACAACGAGGUUUUAUUCCUUCCAACGGACAAGGGAGAGAAGGCAAAAUAUACAAGAGCGUCGAUGGCGAGCAAGAAGAAUAAAGUUGAGAGUGCGGAAAAUCGCCUUGAAAUCAAUCGUAACCACAUGAAACGAGAAGCCAAACGCGCAGCAAAACUUGAAAAGAACCUAAAGGUCAAAACCGGAGGAUACCGUUCACGAGCAGCCGAUCUUGUCAAAAACUAUGAAUCGAUCAUGACAGAGAUCGAGAACGCCGAACGCGAUCUCAACGUCUUCAGCCAACUGAAGCUGGUCGAAGACGCUGCCAUCCCCCGCCGCCGCGAAAUUCUCGAUAUUGAAGUGAAGCGACAGAGAAUUCGCGAGCAAAAUCUCCAGAAAGAGUACGCCGAAGCGAAGCUAGAAUAUGAUCAGAUGACGAACAACGUCGACGCAGAGCAAAUGGAGCUUAUCUAG